CAGUAGCUAACUAGCUGUCCACUGGUUUGCAACAUGGGACGAAAGAAACAGGGCAAGUUUGUGCGUCCUGAGAACAAGGGCAAAGACAAAAGGCACAAAAUGAAGGGGAAAUCCGUAGAUGCUUUUACAGAAGAAUUGCACACUACUUUUGAAGCAAGCCUCCAUGUAGAGGAAGGAGCAGAUGCUCCUCAGGUGAAACUGCCUUGUCCACUCGCCAUGUGGGAGUUGGGUCACUGUGAUCCCAAACGCUGCACUGGCAGAAAGCUGGUACGCAAGGGUUUCGUACGCAACCUGCGCCUCAACCAGAGAUUUAAUGGACUCAUACUUAGUCCGAUGGGCACGAAGUAUGUGACACCAGCAGACAGAGAGAUUGUAGCUCAAAGUGGGGUCGCAGUGAUCGAUUGUUCCUGGGCCAAACUGGAGGAGACUCCCUUUAAUAAGAUGGUCGGGGCUCAUCCCAGGUUACUGCCAUACCUCGUAGCUGCGAACCCCGUCAACUAUGGCAAACCUUGCAAGUUGUCUUGUGUGGAGGCCUUUGCAGCCACAUUCUGCAUUGUGGGUUUUGAAGAACUAGCAGUGCUCUUGUUGAAGAAAUUCAAGUGGGGGACAGUGUUCCUAGAUCUAAAUAAAGUUCUGCUGGAACGCUAUGCUGCAUGCCAGUCAGAGGAGGAGCUGCUCUCUGUUGAAAAGGAUUUUCUCACGUCUAAACCCGAAGAGGAGGACUUUGAUCCAUUUGAUGUGAACUUGGGAGUAGAAUGUAGAAACCUCAACAGACCAAUGUGUGCCCCUGAAGUGGAUGAUUCCAGUGAGGACACAGAAACUUCAGAGGAUGACGACAAAGAAGAGGAUGAAAAAACAGAGAGCCACAUGGAGUCAAGAACAUUGCACGAUGAAGAGGAAGAGACUGAAUGAAAGACAUCGCAAUAAAGCCUUUGUCAACUAUGGAGUCUUUUACUAAGGACUGGGAAACCUUUUCAAUGCUCAUAUCUCAUAUAUGAACUGAGAGCUAUUAAAUGUUGUACAACUUAACAAAAGAAAGAUACAAAAAAAAUAAUUGUGUAUUUUUUUUCAUGUAAACAGACUCAAUAAAUGACAUUUUGUGACUUUCGUUUAA